AUGGCGACCUUGUCGGUCUCAAAGCAGACGCGGCCAUCGAUCUCAACCUUGAAGGUUUCCUCGGAGCAUGCCCCCAGUGCCGCCGUGCGCAUCAAUGACCAGCGCCAGACCUUCGAAUUUGCCCACACUGUAUACGCUCUUGGAGCCGAUCUCGGCUUCACCGUUCUUUGCGAGCCAGAUGUUCAGGUUGCCGCCACCACGUUCGGGCCCGUUGGCACGGAAGUCCACAUCAGCCACCCAUUGAUCAUGGUCAAGCGUGCCGGUAGACCAUAUCGAGCCUCGUUGGUUUCCGGGAGAGAUUGGGGUCAGGAUGACCUUGUUCGAGAGGAUCUGUAG